AUGUCUCUUACACAGACAAUGUCUCCGCAGUCCUCACUCUCACUCUCGGCGACGGCUUCAACCUCGACGUCGCCUUCACCCUCCACCACAUCGACCCCAGCUUCCGAGCUGUCUACCGAGUCCUUCACCAUCGCCCUCGAAUCUGAGACGAUCAACGUGGGCGCCUACUAUUCCCAGCUCGCCUGGCUUUCUAAUACAAUCUCUACCCCGGAAGCGGCACGCAUUGACGCGUCCCUCCUCGCCCUCUGGCGCUUCCUCCUCGACGAACUCGACUGGGGACGCAGUGCACACGCCACCCUUCGUGGUUUCGUGUCUCGGCACAACGCCGACGUGGGGCGGCUCGCCGCCAGACUGAACCUUGGCGCGUGCACGUCUGAUGGGCAGGGGACGUGCAAGAAUGUGCCAUGA